AGAAUGCUUAAAAUGUUUAAGUUAAUAUAUUUGCAAACGUAACAUAACAAGCAAAAAUGGCAUCAAGACAGUCCUUGCAAGUUGGACAGGAAGAGAUUGAUCUUCGUCUCCCCCGUCGAAGACAACCUUCCGCAAACAUCGGACGAAACUCGUAUAAUUUUCCUAAAGUUGUCAUGGAAUUACAAAAUGAACAACAGAAAGUCCAGAAACGAACAUUCACUCGUUGGAUGAACGCCUAUCUAUGCAAGUGGCGACCUCCUAUGGAAAUAGUUGAUCUUUUUACUGACUUAAAAGACGGGACGAAACUUCGUAUUUUACUGCAGUUAUUAUCAGGAGAACGAUUGCAAGGGGAGUCCGGUAACAGAUUGCAGCGAGUUCAUUACCUUAGCAACAUACAAACAUGUAUUCAGUUCCUUGAAUCUAAAAAGAUCAAGCUGGUAAACAUCCAUCCAGCUGGUAUAGUGGAUGGCAAACCACCCAUGAUACUUGGACUGCUGUGGACAAUUAUCCUCUAUUUCCAGAUCCGACAAACGUUACUGCCAGUUCUUCAGAUUGAAGAAAUCACCAACAAUUUAGUUUUCACAAGCGAGUUAUCCGAGAGCACAUCGAGCUUAGACAGUUGUGUGGGACCCGAUGAUGGCUCUCCUCCCAAGAAGAAGAAGCAAGGAGCUAAAGCUAAAUGGCAAGGAGCUGCUAAGAAAGCUUUGCUGCAGUGGGUGAAGCGAAAAACGCAAAACAAACCACCUGAGCUAGAUGUUGUUGUGAAAGACUUUGGUCCAAGUUGGAGGGAUGGUAGAGCCUUCCACAGUAUGAUCCAUACCAUCAACCCUGAUCUAGUGGACGUCGAUGAAAUAAGACGAGCCACAAACCGGCAGAACCUCGAAUCAGCGUUCCAUACCGCUCAAAAACAUCUGGGGAUACCAAGGCUCUUGGAUCCUGAAGAUGUUGAUGUAGACCGACCAGACGAGAAGUCGAUAAUGACGUACGUAGCGCAGUUCGUUAAACAAUACGGGACUUCCGGGGAGGAAGAAACGGACGCACCACGGGUUGACGAUGACGUUCUGCAUUACGAGGAUGUAAUGUCGUGGUUCUCCGACACAGAUUCAACGUUAAACGACGUUCAUAAACUCCAUAAAUACCGACAACAGGAUUAUUUAGGACAACGAGCACUAAGAUCUGAACUCGCUCAUAAAUUGGAACAAGUCAAACUGCUUCAUGACAAAUGGACCACCGGGGAAUCCCCUUCUAUAACCGAGGAUCAAAUCCAAGUUCUUGACAACUUGUCGCAUAAAGUUGUCAAUUCUGUUAGACGUUGGGCUCGUGAACUGGAUAGUCGGUUGCCGGGACAACUUGGCGAAGUUGGUUCGUGGUUGCAUCAAGCUGAGGCCGCCAUUGAUGAAGGACUUCCUAUUAAUGAAGUCAGCGAUGAAGAAGAGAUGGCCGAAGUUAUAAACGAACAGAUGAAGAAGCAUAAGUCAAUAUUUAAGGACAUGAACCCGAUGUUACAAGCGUUCCAGAAGCAACGUCGAGCUCACAGGUUCACCGGGCAUUCCAUCCCGCUUGAACAACUGGAAGAAAUGUCUGACAGAUUCGCCGCUCUUACAACCGCAUCAGCACACCGAGUUUCAAAACUUGAAUUCACUGAAAAUAAACAUCGGUUGUUGCACCAACUCAACCGUGCAGAAUCCAAGCUCUCUGAUUGGACAGUUAGACACGGUGAUCGCAGAUCUGUGGAAAAACUCGUCAACGAUUAUAAGAGCACUGUGAUCGAUGAUAAGUUGUUGGAGCAGUUAGAAGACACGUUACGUAACGUUCAAAAACAUGGGGAAAAUUACCUGAGGUCUGAUGAACAGAUACCUGCACAUGAGGUGGAAGCGAUCAGGAAGUUUCUGUCGGAUAAGGAUGAACAGACGAAAGCUGUGUGUGCUCAGAUAUUGGAUGCUAAAAAUACAUUGGAGGAAGCAAGUGAGAGGUGGAGGGAGUAUGAGAAAUGUAAGAAGAGUUUUGAUCGAUGGUUGGCAGAUGCAGAGGACGUGUUGGGCGAUCAGGAUGAUAAUAGGAAGACUGAGUUCUUUGAAGACUGGCAGAGAUGGGCUGCCGUGUUCCAAUCCAUAAAUGAAAGUGGCAAGUACCUUACUGAGGUAUGUGAUGAUGCCACGGCACAUGCCAUUGAAGAUGAUUUGUCACGAGUCAACGAGCCCGCCAUACAAGUUUUCACCAACUGUGAGAAAUUAAUGAGUGAUUAUGACAUCACAAAGCGACGGGAAGAUUUUGAAUCCGGAGUUACGAGGCUCACAAAGUGGUUGGACCAUGUAGAAGGGGCGUUGUCACAACCUCAGCCAAUCACAACAGAGGCUGUUAAAGAACAACUGCAGGAUUUUCAGGAUAUUGGCGACGAAACAACUGAGGUUGAAGAACAAUUCAAAACCAUCAGUAAAGUAGCGCAAAGUUUGGUGAAAGACACCGAACCCAAGAAUGUUUCUGCCAUGCUUAAUACGAUGACAUCAGUGAAGGACCGCCUUGUACAAGUGCGUCGUAGCACGGCACAGGGCGCGACAAGUUGCGCCGACAUGUUAGAACCUCUUCAAAAUGUCGACCAAGAUUUGGAAUCGUUGAAUGAAUGGUUGGAUGAUGCAGAAGGUUUGUUGACUUCAUACAAACAACCACAAAGUGACAUGGAAACCAUGUAUUCAUCACAUCAGAAAUUUUUCUCAAGUACUGAAGAACAACAGAAAAAGUUGGGUCGUUUAAGUCAAAACAUCGCAGUUAUUCAACGACUGUCAGUACCAGGCAUGCAGAUCAACCCUCUCCAUGAUAAAGUGACCGAAUCCACUGCUCGACUCCAGUUAUGCACCCAGCAAUCAGCAGAGUGGAAACCAAGGUUAAAAUCGGGCACGGAAGCUUUGAGGAAAUACCGAGCUAGUCUCGGUGCAAUGCAGAGGUGGAUGGAAAAGUCAGAUGAAGUUUUACAAACAACAGCACAACCUGCACGGGAAAGAAUGAGUGUGCAUCAGGAUUUUUUCUCGGACGUUGAUAAAUCCCCCAUCACAGAUUUUCUCCAAGCAAGCAACCAACUAAGACAAGUUCAAACCUCCGAGAGGGAACGAUCUUCUGUUUAUGAUGUCACAAAGAACGUACAGCAACAAUACCAAUCGAUUUUGAAGAAAGCUUCGAACAAAAUGUUCCAGUUAAAAAUAUCUGAAGCAGUUGAUGAAUGUGUGGUGAUCAUGAAGGAAUGCAAGGAUCAGAUGAAGAAGGAGGAGAUGAAACUGAAGAAGAUGAAUCCAGAGAUUAUCAUUGAAGAACAUACGGAGUUCUUCAACAAACCACUGAACAGGUUGUGUGAGGUGAUACAAGACGCUGAGGAACUAGUGGCGAAAAUACCAGAAGGUGAUGACCGGAAGGUGGCAGCAGAUAGCUUGACAAAUGUGAGAGAGGAAUAUGAGAGGUUGUUGGCAGCUGAAGAAAGAUUACACAGUAAACUAAGCCAAGUACCUGAGAAACGUAAGGAGUUUGACGCUGGGUUAGAUCGAGUGAAAACUUGGGUUAAAAGCGCUGAGGAAGUCAUGGAAGUUGUGCAGAAACCUAUUGACGCAAACCAUGUGUCCUUUCAAGAACUUCGCUCCAAAUUCUCGUCAAUAGUUGGCAGCAAAGAGGACCACUUGUUGGCGCUAGAGUUCCUCAGUUCAACCCUGGUUUCAUUGGCCAAGUAUUUACCUCAAGAUGAAGUGAAGCAUUUACAGGAAUGUUUAUUAACGUGGACAUCCAACAGCAAGUCUGUGUUGAAUGCUCUCAAUAUAACAGAGAAACGACUCGUAGCUACCGAGAAGUGUUUCAAAUACAGAGACGAGAUUGAGGAAACUAAACAACUAAUCGAGAAUGAAAUAAAAUCGAUGGAAAUUCCCGACAAUAAUAUUGACUGCUUGGACGAAGCUAGGAGCGAAUUGAACCAGAAUCAGACCACAAUGACGGCCAUGGAGACAUUGUCCCGUCGAGUUGCAGACGAUGUUGGCGCAGGUAAGGAGUUACACGCCGACGAACAAUCGCCAGCGUUUCUUUACACCGAUGUUUCAAACCUCGAAAAACAAUGGAAUCAAUUGCAACAAGCCGCUGCUGAGAAAUAUGAAAAUAUAAAGAACCACGUUAGCGCAUGGGAAGAGCAUGAAUUGUUGUGUGAACAAGUUGAAAGUUUCAUCGAUACAAGCACCUCACUAGUGGACGAGAAGUUUCGACUCAGCAACCUCAAUUCCAUAAAUCAAGAAAUCGCUUCAAAGACCUCAGUGGGCAACCACUUGGAGCAGGCGAGAGCAACACUGGAAAGACUCGAGUCUGGUCUUCCCGUAUUGCUUCAACGUUGCACAGAUAAAGGGAAGAAAACUUUGGAAGCGAAAGUUGAAACUCUGAAAGACGGCGUGAAUGAGGUGGACGAAGUAUUAUCGCACAGCAAAUCUAAACUUGAGGAAAUUCACCACGAAUGGAAGGAAUGUGACAAAGAAAUGUCAGGAAUCGCACAAUGGUUGCAAGACGUGCAGUUGCAGUUAUCCGAGCUUGAACAAUCCCAAGCUGACCCCGAAGUCCAGUUCGCCAGCGCACAGGAGGUCGCCGGUGAAGUGUUUAGCAAAGAAAGUGAGCUUGCGAGUCUUGAGAGCAGAUGUAACGAUAUUGAAGGGCUGGAAAGUCCAACUACACUCGAUGCUAAACUUGCGACUGUAAGAGGGAAAUGGAAACAGCUACAUGCUCGCGUUGAAGCCCUAGUUACAAGUCUUGGUGAAAACCUUAGUCAUCAAGAAAAGUUUGACUCAGCAAUACGUCACGUUGAGGAAUGCUUACGUCAUGCCGACGAAGAACUUGGACGACCGCUAGAGGCGUGCGAGAGCUCAGAUGACGUAUCUAUGCGUAAAGAUGAACACAGAAAAUUCGUGCACGGACUUGAACAAAUCAGACUUGGACUAACAACCGUUCAAACGGAAGCGAAACUUCUAAAAGAUCCGAAAUCUGCUGAACAAACUAAAAAACGACUUCAGAAAAAAUACAAUGACGUCAUGAAUAAAGUUCGCUUACGUAACAAUCAACUUGAUGACGCAUCAAAUAUAUGGCAGAAGUUUGAACAUGACGUCACCGUCAUACGUCAGUUCAUAGAAAAAUGCGAGAAGAUAACAAGUGAAGAUGGAAGUGCUUUGCCUGGCGAUCAACACAAGUUAAAAAACGAAUUGCAAACGGCGGAAAAAUUGAGCGCUGAAGUUCCUUCAUACAAAGAUUCGUUAACUUCAUUGAAAUCAACAGUAGACGACAUGGAUCGAAUAAUUCCUGUUAAUUCCGAUUCCUUGCAAACCCAGCUUAACGCUAUGGAAAUCCUCCUUCAAGACCUCCCCCUGCAAUUCGCUGAUAGGAAACGCAUCGUGUCAUCAGCUCUCGCAUCGCAUAUACAUUAUGCGGGGUCGGUGAACAAAUUCACACAAUGGUUGUUGGGAUUCGAAAAAUCUCUUCGUUCAACCACUGACGUAUUCCUUGAUGACGUUAACAACGCCGUGACGAUAAUUAAGACACAAAGAGAAGAUAUAGAAUCUCAUCAAGAUGAUUACCGGGCUCUUGCCUCCCACCUAGAGGAUCUUCGAACAAUGUGUGACCCAAAAGAAAGAAAGACUCUGAUUGCUCGAUACACCGAAUGCACCAAGUUUUUGAGUCGUGUUUGCGAAGUAGUUGACGCACGAGAAAAAGCUCUGGACGGCCUUUCAUCAUUUCAUAAAAGUGCUCAUGAUCUUAUUGCGAUGUUGGACCGUUUGGAACAAAGUGUUAAAACAACAGCCACAUCAUCAGAUGAACUAACUAAAUGGAAAGUUGAUUCAAAAGAUCUUGGAAAAUUAAUGGCAGAUUGUACAAGGAAAGGUGCUGGUUUGGACCCAAUGCUACAACAAGCUCAACUUACAACAUUCAACAACAACAAGCAACAUCAGCGAACAACUGUCCGUGGAUUUCUUAACCGACUACAAGCACGAAGCGAGAUGCUACAAUCUGAGAUCUCAAUCAAACAAGAACAUUUUGAUGAAGUUGAUGGGAUAUGGCAUGGUUUCUUGGAUAGAAAAGAAAACUUGUUGAAAGCGCUUGAAGAUUUAGAGGAAAGGGCUGAGGUUGAUGUAAUAAUGGUUGACAUUACUCAGCCACAAAUACAAGAGUUUGUCAAAACAUUUGAUAAACUACAGGCUGAUUUGGAUUUGAAGCAAUAUGAGUUGACAGGACUACAAAGCAAAGGUCAACAACUUGCUGAAACCGACCCAUCUCAAGAAACGGUUGUCAAAGAACACCUAAAGUUGGUGGAAAUGACUUGGGAAGAUGCCAAGAAUAUAAUCAAUGAAAGAAAGGAGCAACUAACAACACUGGCCAAGCUGCUGAGGAAUUAUGAAACUGUUCCGUGCCACGGUCGAGCGAACAUUGCUGAUUUGGAUUUGAAGCAAUAUGAGUUGACAGGACUACAAAGCAAAGGUCAACAACUUGCUGAAACCGACCCAUCUCAAGAAACGGUUGUCAAAGAACACCUAAAGUUGGUGGAAAUGACUUGGGAAGAUGCCAAGAAUAUAAUCAAUGAAAGAAAGGAGCAACUAACAACACUGGCCAAGCUGCUGAGGAAUUAUGAAACUGUUCGUGCCACGGUCGAGCGAACAUUGUCGAACGCUGAAUCGAUGACAUCAUCAACGGAAGCCCCUCGACAUUUUAACGCUGAAGAAGUGAAACGACAUCUUGCCAAGCACGAGAUUUUAAAGAAAGAACUUGAGGAGAAACAGCCUUUCAUGGAUGAACUGACACGCAAAGGAAAGAUGGUUGCCAUGGAAGCAAAGAAGCAACUUAUAUCUGAAGCUGCGUCAAUUCACCAAGAGAUUGAUAGUUUGGUUGAUCGUUACUUGGACGUUGGAGAUAAAGUGGAUGAGGUCUUGGAGUCGUUAAAGAAACAGUUGAAUUUAUGGAAGGAGCUUGCUGAGGCAGAGGAAGGGAUGGAAGAUUGGAUGAAUUCAUCCAUUAAUGAUCUCAAUGCUUCUGUAUCAAGCCUUGAUAAUAGUGCAGGGUUACAGGGGAAGCUGAAAGAAGUACAUGAUGAAAUCGCAAAACAACAAAUGGUUUAUGAAGAACUCCAGAGAAAAAUGACAGAAAUGCAUGUUAGUCGACGUAGGAGCUCAGUUGGAGAAAUGGAUGAAUUGACUCAAGUUAAUGAUUCAAUGAAAACCAAGCUAGAUAGAGCAACCAAUAUCUAUAAGCAGGCACAAGUUAAGUUGGAAGACUUUACAACCCAGAAGAAAGUUUUGGUCAAUUACGUCCAAGAACUUCAGGAUUGGUUGAAACUUAAAGAACAAGCACUUGCCUCAAUGCAAAGAAACCCAAAGCCGGACCAUUUAAUCAAGUGCAGGGAGGUUUAUGCUGAACUUCUCUCACAACGAGAUAACAUUGAGUCAACUAAGGAACAUUUAAAUGGUUUGUGCAGAAAAUAUCAAACACCAGAGUUGGAUGCAGUGCAGGAAAAAGUUGGUGCAUUGUCAACUAACUAUGAAGAAACGUUUAAAACAGCAGCAAAAGUGAUGGCAAAUAUAGAAGGGACCAUAGAUGUGGAUUUCAACAACGCAGUGAAGGAUUUUUACACCUGGUUCCGAUCUGCAAAGGAAUUACUGGGUUCUUGCUCAGAUACUUCAGGAAAUGUUCCAGCUUUGGAGGAAAAGUUAGAGAAACUGAACAACUUUUCUGGGAAGAUUGACGAUGGUCAAGCACGUGUGGAUAACGCAUCAUCAGCUGCUGAUGUUUGUUCUUCUGCACAACUCCCACAAGCAAGUGCAGAUUCAAUUCAACAACAAAUUCAAGGGAUGAAAGACGACUGGAGUCAUUUCCUUGAACAAUUACAGGAUCAACGCAGCAAUUUGGAAGAUUCUCUCGCUGUCUUGAGGUCACUGGAAGACAACAGAAAGGAAAUAUCUCGUUCUCUCAAAGCAAUACAAAGGUCCCUUGAAGAAAUGGAGAUGGUUGAAGGAUUGGAGGCAAAAGUAAAGCAAGUUGAAGACCUACAGGUGUUGAACAAAGAAUUAAGCAACAAAUCAAAACAAGUUGAAACUUUGAUGCAACAAGCUGUUGACUUGGUUGAGGGAGACCAAUCCCAAAGUGGUGCCGCACGUAAAGCUCAUCAACUAAUCACAAUGUACCAUGGGCUAUGCAAGAAAGUGAAGGAACGGCUUCGUCAAAGUGAAGAGAAUGUAAAUUACCAACGUCAGUAUGAUGAGGCUUUGUUAUCCGCACAAUCUUGGGUUCAAUCGGCAUUCAAGAAGUUACAUGACUGUUGUGAAACCAGUGUGGAUGCAUUGGACAGUAAUGAACUUGAAGCAAGAUUGUCAAUUGUUGGCCAAAUAAUCAGCAGCAAACAGGAAGGAGAGAUCAAACUAAAUAUUACUGUUGGGAAAGGUGAACGAGCAGCUGAGCAUACAACAAUGGAAGGUGCUGAUCAAAUACACAGUGUAUUACGCCAGUUGAAGGACAGCUAUGAAAAUCUGAACACCAGUUUGAGGGAGUGUAAGAUGAAGUUGGAACAGCAACUGUCAGAUUGGCAGCAUUACGUUCACUCCCGAAGUGAAUUGGACCUAUGGCUGGAUGAGAAUAAUGCUUUGUUCUCAGGAAGACAAAUACUUGGUGUUGAUCUUAAAGACAAAGAAACACAACUGGAAAAAUACAAGUUAAUAGAACAAGAUGUCUUGUCUCACGAAGAAGCGCUUGAAGCUAUAAGAAGCAAAGCAACGCUCCUUAACAAACAAAGUGAUUUUAAGGAACUAGAAAACCGAUAUGAGAAUGUCCAUGAGAGGGCGUCAGAGAGAGUAACGCAGCUCACACAUUGUGUGAAUGAUCAUGUAGCGUAUUAUGAUGCUUCACAUGACUUUACUGAUUGGGUAAACUCAGCUAAUGAAGAAUUGGACAGAUGGAAUGAUGUUGGUGGAACAGAUAAAGAAGCUGUACAGAAAAAGCUGCAAAAAAUCAAGAGUUUGAAAGCCACUCGUUCUUAUGGUCGACAAAAGUUGGAUACUGUAGUUGAAAUCGGUGGGCAUGUCGCUUCACAAACCGCUGAAUCUGGACGUGCUGUUAUUCAUUCAGAACUUGAAAGUUUAAAAGAAGAGUGGCGUUCAUGGGACAGAUCCUUAAUUGAAACUGAAAUCUCCCUUGAAUCCCGUCUCUCACAACUCACUCAGUACGAAGAAAGUUUUGGUGUCGAGAAGAAGGCACUUAGCGACGAGCUUGACCGAUUUCAGACCCGCUUGGAUGAACUUGGAAUUGAACAGUUCGCUGAAGCCAGUGAGAGCUCCCCCGGUGGUGAAAUUGCAGCAACCACUUUAACAAAAUGCCAGGAGGUUGGUCAGUCCAUGUCGGAAAUGCAAGAAUCAGUUGAAACGUUGAAAGCUCGCUUGAAUACAUUGUGUCGUAGUUACCAUGGGGAUGAGGUAGAUUUCUUGUCAAAACAAGUCACUGCUGCUUUGCAAAGAUAUGACCACGCAAAGUUAACUGUGAACAAGUUCCAAGCAAACUGUGAGAAAGAACUCAACGAUAAGUUUCAAAAUUCAGUUCGUGAAUUCGAGAAGUGGAUUAAGAAUAAAAAAGAGGCCGUUCAUAAAUAUGGGGAGAUAUCUGGCGACCGCGAGGUGGCGCAAGAGAGGCUGCAACAUUUGCAGGCUUUAUUGUCUGGUGUAGAAGAUGGCCACAUCAAACUAAACACCGUUGUCAAUUCAAGCGAAUCACUUCUUCCUGUUCUUUCUCAAGAAAGUUCUUCUAUUGUUAGGCAACAAUUGAAGCAAUGUAAAGAUUCAUGGAAGAACUUAAUAACUCUGAUGCAGGAUCGUGAGCAAGGUUUACGAAGUUUUGUCGAACAACUUAAAGAUUUUGAUGCAAAUGUUGAAGAAACAACAGAAUGGCUUUCAAAUGUUGAAGAGAAGUUCAAAGCUGAAUCUGGAUUAAAGGCAACCAUUGGACUAAAGAAAUCGCAACUAAAUGCAUUUCAGGCAAUGGCUGAAGAGAUAGCUGAUCAUCAAUACAAAUACGACCGCAUGAAACGGAAAGCACAAAAGCUUGGAAGCUCAUUAGAACUGAGCCGACUGAACCAACUGUUGACCAGAUACCAUGCAAUUACCAAACAAGUUCAGGAUUCACUUAAGCGAAGCGAGCAAUUUCUCCACGACCAUCAAACCCACCAGGUGGCAGUAGUGGAGUGCCAAGAAUGGCUUCAAGAUUUCCAUCAUCGAGUUGAAUCUUACUCCAACCUCGCUGGAGGUAAAGUGAUGUUGGAACAAAGGAGGGGGAAGAUGGAAGCUCUUCUUGGAACAAGACAAGAUGGAGAGAUAAAGAUCAACAUCAUGAUGGGUCGCGGCGAGAAGAUCUUGCAAAGCACUGCAGUUAAAGGUCGCCAUGCGCUACAAGUUCAAAUGCAAACUCUGCAAGAAUCUUGGGAGAUAUACCUUCAACAAGCCCUUACAUGGAAAACAAAACUGACCACUGGAAUUGAGUUGUGGGAAGAAUAUGACACAGCAGUAAAAAGUGCACAGUCAUGGUUGGAACAAGCUGCAAAUAAUAUUCAAAGUGAAAAAGCUGAAAGAUUGAAUCAGAACUUAUCAUCUGAAUCUACCUUCAGUGAUCUCGAGAAAUACCGAUCAUUAUACAGAGAUAUAAAACUCAAGUCCUCAGCAAUAGAGAAAGUUCAGCAAUGUGCAAACAAUGUGGCUGGCUUGACGGGUGAUGCUGGGGGAACAAGGGUGGAUACAGCUGAGUUACGUGAUCUAUAUCAAGAAGUGUUAAACAUGGCACAAGAACUCUUAAAUGAAGCUGAAAGUGUUGCAGAAUCCACCAAGUCCUACCACGAGGCUCUCCAUGUAUUCACUGACUGGUUUUCUGGGAAACCUGUUGAGUUAUUUAAACUUGGGGAUGAAUCAAGUGGAGUUGAGUUAAUGAAAGAAAAUUUAAAGAAAUUAAAAUCUAUUGAAGCAGAAAUACCAGAAGGAGAAGAAAAAUUAAAGCAAGCAUUCAAUGCUGGGAAGAAAAGCACGGGAGAUAAAACGGUUAAACUUCAGCUACAGAAUCUUCGAGAGGAGUGGAGCUCUUAUCGGACCUCGCUCUCAUCUGCGAUCAAUCGUACCGAGAAGAUUUUGGAUGAAACGGAAAAAUACGAGAAGAUUAGUGCUGAGUUUGUCGACUGGAUAAACGCAAUGGAACAAUGUCCAGAUUCUCAGAUAUUCUUGACAAGCAACUAUGAAGAGAACAAAGAAUCAGUUCAGCGUUACAGAUUAUACAGCGAAGAAAUUGUAGCAAAUCAGAACAAGUUGGAAAAACUGAACAAAGCUGCACAGAUAUUGGUUGACUCUUGUGCGCCAUCUGAUGGAAGUAUGAGCAAACAGGUUGCUGAAUUGAGUUCUCGAUAUCAAUCUUUGAUGAUGAGAAGCAAAGAUAAGUUGAGAUCAUGUUCAGCAACUCUUCAACUACAAGGAGAUUACCAGGAACAGAGUGAUUCAUUUGACCAGUGGUUGACGAAUGCAUCAGAAAGAUUUGUGGUGCACACUCUACCUGAAAAUCUGCAUUCAGAAAAUACACAAGAAAGUUGUUCAAAGCUUGGAGACCUGCUUGUUGAGUUUGAAGCAAAGAAACUUAUUCUGUCACAAAUUGCCGAUAAGUCAAGCAAACUGUUGUUGGUUAUUGAGAGUGAACAUCAACCUGAUAUGAGAGAACAGAUUGCUAAUCAACAUGAUGAUUUCCAGGAUCUAUACACAAGGAUACAAUCCUCACUGAGGUUGCUUCGUCGUACCCUUCACCACCAGGUGGAGUAUGAGAGCUCUACUGAAUCAUUAAAACAGUGGUUGGAAGAAAUUUCAUCAAAGAUUGAAGUCAAGCCGGAGAUUAAAUACGAACUGUUUGAAAAGAAAGCACAGCUAGCAAGAUACAUUGGAUAUCAAGAAGAAAUAAAGAAACACAAGGAAGCAUUGCAAGACAUUGAUGUGAAAGCAGCACGUCUCACACAACCAAGCGAAUCCCGAAUUAUUGAACAAAUCAAUGAGAAAUUUGAGAGGGUAAUGUCAAUGAGCCAACAAAGAGUGGAUGAGUUAAAGGCAAAGGUGAAGACACAUCAGGAGUAUCAUGAUGCUGUUCAAUCUGCUGAGAAGUGGCUUCUCAGUAAAUCUUCCCAGAUUAUGGCUGCAUCUUCCCAGGAUAUCGCCUCGGACUCUUUUCCUCCAUCCGAUCUUGAAGAUCAGCUCCGGGAGUACACUGGAGUCCAGGAAGAAAUCGCCAACUUCAAGAGUGAAGUUCAAGCAACAUCCGCACUUGGGAAGAAGCUCCUCAAUGAGUAUGGUGAGGACCACAAAGCACCAUUGGAUGUUGUGAUACAAAACCAAAUCUCAAGUCUUCAGGCGACAUACGAUAGUGUUAAAGACGCUGCUUCCCAACUUUUGAAGAGAAUAACUGACAUAGUUCACCGUAAACAUGAUUUGAGUCUUCGGAUUGGACAACUUGAUGCGUGGUUGGGUGAAAGUAGAUCAGCAGUGCUUGUAGCAAAUGCCUACCCUCCUACCAGUCUAUAUGAUGCAAGGCAGCGUGUGAAAGAUAUAACAAUCGCAUUGGAAGAAGUUAAAGGAAAAGAGCUUUUAAUUGAUGAUGCCGUUUCCCGUGCUUCAGAGGAAGGCCCUUCAUUGGCUACAAAGUUUAUUCAGUUUAAAGAUGAAUUAGAACUUCUGUUAGAGAAGGCAAAAGACAUAGAAAUGGAGUGGCAGAAAACUACAGACCUGCAACAAGAAUUUAAGGAUUGGUUAUGCGCUACUGAAGCCACCAUUCAUAAACUUGAAGAUGCUCAUGCUGAAGCUUCAUCAGUAGCAGCUAAAGAGCAUGCUACGAAGUGCCGGAAUAUCUAUGAUGAACUUCGUGACAAGAAAUCAGUCAUCAUGAUCAUUGAGCAGAAAUAUGCAAGCUUAAUAGGGCAAGAUGUUGAAAGCGAUGAUGAAUUCAGUGAUUUAAUUUGUCAGUGGGAGAGAUUGCAUUCAAUGGCAAGCAACUUAUUCUUGAUGCAGCAGAAAAACCUCAAUGCUACUGAAGAUUUUAACAACUACCUGACUGAGGUAGAAGCUUUAACACAAAGAUUCCAAUCAGAAGCUGAACAAAUAUCAAGGAAUAUGACAGACAGUACUGAAAAUAGAUUAGAAAAAGCAAAGUUGUUGGUAACUGAGAUGCAACAAGCAAAGGGGGUGAUGGAUCAACUUGUAGAACGACUUGAUUUAUUAACCCCUCGUAUGAGUGAACAUGACUCUGAAAUGGUGGAGGAUAAAGUUCGGCAUCUGAACCAACGCUGGGUUGAAUCUGAACAGAAACUCCAAUCUCGAGUUCAACUUCUUGAAACAACUAUGUUUGAACUUGUUGAUUAUCGUCGUCAACUUGACGCAACACGUUCAUGGUUGGUCGCUCUACUUGAUAAAGUUGCCGACCCUGUUCCCAUGACAUUAAGUGUGGAGGAUUUGAAUGGAGCACGACAGAAACACAGUAUGCUUUGCAAAGAGUUGAAUCAAAAGAAAGAUGAAUUCGGUGAAUUAACGAGUUGCCACCAGACGUUACCACUCAGCCUCUGUGCAACAGAGCGUGACCAACUUCACGAUUGUAUCACCGAUAUACAAUGUUUAUUCCGAAGAGCUCAAUCAUCCGCUAAUGAUAAGUCAAACGCGCUAAGUCAUGCAAUAGGUCGUCGUAAAGAUUUAUGGUCCACAUCGCAACAGGCUUUAGCUUGGUUGGAACACAUUAAAGAAGCUUUAUUGAAGAAGCAACCAUUGCCAUUACACCCCGAUGCUGUGGCUAAGAUGAUACAAGAACAUAAGAUGCUGCACAAAGAGAUUGUUCGUCACAAGACAACUGUGGAUGAAGUGAUUGCAACGGGUAUUCAGAUAAUCUAUGAAGGAAAACCAGAGAGUGUUAGUGUUAGAGGCAAGUUGUCAGGGCUGGAAGACAGUUACACUGAGGUUGAAAACCUAUGGAAGAAACAUCUGAAUGGUCUUCAGGAUCUUCUUGCUGACCGUGAGCUCUUUCAAGCUGAUAUUGAACAAUGCACAAGAUGGCUGAAGGAAGCCGACAUUAUUACCUUCCCCGAGGUCAACCUUGCAGCUUCCCUACCUGACCUGGAAACUCAUCUUGGGAAAUAUCAGGCAAUCACAAGCGAAUCAACCAAAUACAAAGAUCUUGUUUCAAAGAUAACUGACAAGUCACUUACAAUUAUCCCACAACUAUCUGAUGUUGAACAAAUUCUACUCACAGAUAAAAUGAAAAAUAUUCAAAACCAGUUUAAUCAUGUUUGCGGAGCUGCAAAAGAGAAAGCUGACAGAAUGUUGGAGAUGAUGUCAUCAAGGAAGAAUUAUUCACAAGCUCUUGCUGAUUUGGAAGAUUACUUGGGAGUUGGGCAAACCAUGAUUAAGGAACUUGAUCAAAUGUCAACAGGUUACACUGCGGACCAAGCUCAGAUUCUGCUGCAGAAGUCUCAGAAAAUCCAGGAUUCUCUCUCUGAACGAAAAGCAAUGCUGGAAAACAUCGAGAAAAUGAGAGAUUGUCUUAAAAGUUCCGGGCAGCCAUGGCAACCAGAGGAGUUAUUGAAAGCUACUGCAAUAUUUCAUCGAUUGGUACAACAGAGCGGGCAAAGAAUUGAUCAUUUUCGUGAGAUGGUGCGCUCUAGAGAAAGAUUUGAGGAAAGAUUAUUGGAACUUGGUGAACAGAUAUCUGAUUGUGAGCGUGGGUUGGAUACGGGAAGUCCAACAAGGGUUGAACAGAAACUAAGCAUGUCUCAACAAAUGGCUGCCACACUUACAAGCUGCAAAAUCGAGCUUCGGUCACUAAGUGGCCUCGCAGAGCAGUUGUGUUCGGACAUGGAAGCACAGGAUAAAAUUAUUACGAGAAACAAAGUUGAUAAAUUGAGAAAUGCUUUGCAUAAACUGCAAGGUCAUCUUGGAGAUCGGCAACGUGAUCUAGAAAAGAGGAUUGUUUCAAGAAGAGACUUCCAGGGAGAUUUAGAGAAAGGAGUUCAUUGGUUGGAGGAAACAUUGAGUGCAUUGGAAUGCGAGGUUCCGUUGAAGCUUGAUCCACAAAGUGUGCAAGAGGAAAUCAAAAAAUUACAAAUAACCAAGGAAGAAGUUCAUUCCCGACUCCGAGUAUUAUUUGCAAUGGGAGAGAAGGAACGUGAGAGACAUACAGAAGAAGGGGAAGACCUGCCUUCUUCUUUCAACCACCAUCUCAACCGACUUCAUGAUUUAAACAACUCGUUAACAAAUGCCAUCACCACAAGACAGGCUCACUUGGAAAAUGCAUUGGAAUCUCGGCAGAGAUAUGCUGAAUGUUUAAGCACAGUGCAAGCCAAACUAGGAAGUGCAAGCGCUGAGUUGCAGCUGCUUGAAGCUGAUAGCAAUCCUGAACAUGCAAGGGAUUUACUUGAACAACACCAGGCGUUGUUUACAACUGAAAGUGAGAUCCUUCAUUAUGUUGAUGAAUUGGAAGAAGUGGCGGAUGGUUUAAACGAGAUGACCGGAUCCACUGCUCUCACUAAAACAGCUCGUGAUACGCUCUCUACUGCUGUUGGUGGUGUGCGGCAAAGAGCCGAGAAUUUACUCGAAGAAGCAAAAGAUAUACAUCAGUCACUGCAGGUCGCUGCUGUGAACUGGGAAGGAUUUGAUCAAGAACUUGAACGAGUUACAUCAAGAAUGUCACGAGCGGAAAGCAGGUUGCAAACGUUUGAUUGCUCCAUGCCUAAUUCACUGGAUAAAGCAAGGAGAGUUCUUAAUGAUUUUCAGGUAUAUAUAUUGGUGACAAACUUGUUGAGAGUGACAUUUCCAACAUUGAGAGUGGAGUCCAAGCCUUGCAUGAAGUUUCGCAAUCUCUUGCUGCAACUGAGAGUGUAG